AUGACCACGUCCACUGCUACUGCCAUGUCUCGAGAAAAUAGACCACAGGUUGUAGGCCCCGAGUCGCCAGAACCUCCAUAUCCUCUACGAGUAAAUACAAGAGUGAUUGCAGGCUAUGGUCGAGGUUCGUCAGACCUUGGAAUCCCCACUGCCAACAUCCCUCAAGAUGCAUUUGACGCUCUUGAUAUUGGCGAUACUGGUAUUUAUUACGGAUGGGCCAGUGUUCAUAAAUCGAGCCAGCACCCGCACACGAUAGAAACAUGUCCUGAAGGCACCGACGGCACUCGAAAAGUGGAAUUCUCUUACGGCGAGACCCUGGAAUGCGGCAAAGACAGCGACGUGGUGUUCCCCAUGGUCAUGAGCGUUGGCUGGAACCCAUUCUACGGCAACAAAAAACGGUCAGCCGAGAUCCAUAUCAUCCACAAAUUCUCCGACGCUUUCUACGGAGCGGCCAUCAAGUUCAUGAUCCUCGGCUACAUCCGACCCGAACUCAACUACGUAUCCAAAGAAGCACUCAUCGCCGACAUCAACACCGACAUCCAGGUCGCCCUCAACUCUCUCAACCGCCCUGGCUACGCCAGUUACAGAACUGACGCUUUCUUUUCUCAAUAG